CCCUCCCACUAAAGAACCUGUCACCUGUUUUCAGUAAAAUACUGCUUGACAAAGUCAUAGUGAUUGCAACUGUCAGAACCACUUACCAUGCCAUCAGAGAUUUGGCUUGUGUAGGGUUAAACAAAGUAUGGGUAAAUGCCAUUGGAGACUAUGAAGAUUCUGCACUCUCCUGCUAUGACAUCUGUGGGGAAAAACUAGAAACAGUAACGGUUGGAUCAUUUUGCAAUGGGCUCACCAUGGACACUGACGGCAGACUACUCUACUCAGAGUUCAACAACAUAAUGAGUUUUGAAAAGGGGGAAGUAUACGUUGCGGUUGAAAUGCCCAGUGGAUGGGAAGCAAAAGGUAUUUUCUGCUCAAAAUCAGAAAACAUGAUUGUCUGUGUGACAAAUGAAGAAAAGGAUCAGAAAGUCCUUCUUUACAAGAACAGAGUCAUUAGCAAGGAAAUCCAAUUUGAUGAAAAUGGUGAAAAACUGUAUACAAAUGGAGAGUAUAUGCUCUAUCCCCAGGAGAACAUAAAUGGAGAUGUCUGCGUUGUUGACCACAACAGCAAUUCAGUUGUUGUAAGCAGUGAAAACAAACUGAGGUUCAGGUAUGGUGGAAAAGGAGCCAGACAACAAAAGGACCUCAAUACCAAUGCUAUAGUGACAGAUCAAAUGGGCCACAUUAUAGUGGCUGAUGAAGCUAAUGACUGUCUUCACAUCAUUGAUCAGAAUGGACAAUUCCUGAAGUGUUUGGAGAUUCCUGGGCUGACCAAUCCCACUGGAUUAAGUUUAGACACUAGAGGGAGAUUGUGGGUGGGAUCCAAGACCAAUGGGAACAUCAAGGUUACCCAGUACAUGAAGUAUACCAAGUAACAAAGCAUGCACAGUAGUCUCCUAACCAACUUUUCAUUUGUGUUUUUAAACAACUGAUUCAGGAGAGUUUGAAUACCUAUCUGUGAUUGGAUGUUCCAGGAACCAGAGUAGAAACAGUUAAUGAAGCUUACAGCAGUUGGAUUGCCUAAACUGUGAAAUGUGUAAAACAAAUCGAUCAGCAAACCAAAUCUAAGACAUUUUAAAUUAUUCAAAUGCAGCAUUGAACUUACAUUGUGUACUCACAUUGAGAGUUUCUGCCUGUUUAUUGUGUACUCACAUUGAGAGUUUCUGCCUGUUUAUUGUGUACUCACAUUGAGAGUUUCUGCCUGUUUAUUGUGUACUCACAUUGAGAAUUUCUGUCUGUUUAUUGUGUACUCACAUUGAGAGUUUCUGCCUGUUUAUUGUGUACUCACAUUGAGAGUUUCUGCCUGUUUAUUGUGUACUCACAUUGAGAGUUUCUGUCUGUUUAUUGUGUACUCACAUUGAGAGUUUCUGCCUGUUUAUUGUGUACUCACAUUGAGAGUUUCUGCCUGUUUAUUGUAUACUCACAUUGAGAGUUUCUGCCUGUUUAUUGUAUACUCACAUUGAGAGUUUCUGCCUGUUUAUUGUAUACUCACAUUGAGAGUUUCUGCCUGUUUAUUGUGUACUCACAUUGAGAGUUUCUGCCUGUUUAUUGUAUACUCACAUUGAGAGUUUCUGCCUGUUUAUUGAAUACUCACAUUGAGAGUUUCUGCCUGUUUAUUGUAUACUCACAUUGAGAGUUUCUGCCUGUUUAUUGUGUACUCACAUUGAGAGUUUCUGUCUGUUUAUUGUAUACUCACAUUGAGAGUUUCUGCCUGUUUGUUGUAUACUCACAUUGAGAGUUUCUGCCUGUUUAUUGUAUACUCACAUUGAGAGUUUCUGCAUGUUUAUUGUGGAUUCCUCAUUAAAAGCUAGGAAUCCAUACUCACUUAAAAUCAUGAAAAUCUAUCCUUGUGGAUUCUAAAAUCUAACAUUUAUUUGUAUUGCACAUGAUAUCAUUUAUGGAAAUGUAAUAUGCAAAUGGUAGAAUAAAAUUGCAACCAUAGAAUUUUUAGUAAAAUGCUUCUCGUGUAGCGGUUCAUAUUGAAUCAAUAUUUCAUUACAAUAAUGACCUAAUUCUUUAAAUCAUGUCUGCAUAAGAAAGAUCACCACCAUGUUAUUAUGCUUAGACCAGUUUCUAAAUUCUUUUUUAGAUUAGGGUCAGUCGGGAGAAUUUUUUUUUUUUAAUAUCUAUCGUUUUAUUUUCAAUGAAUCGUUAACAUAAUUUUGUGAGUACAAAUAAACAAAUUAUGCAUUUAAUAUUAGAUAAAAAAUUCUGUGCUAUGAAUUUUUAAAAAUGCAAUUUCAAAUUCAGUGUAUAACUAUUAUCUAUGUUGCACUUUGGUAAAACAUAAUCUGAGAAAAUGUGUAAAUUAAGUGAUACAUGUACAUCUCUUUGAUGUAAGGUAUCCAGUAUUUAUAUUAUGUUGUUCAAUAAUUUUGCAUUAUAUGCUCAGCAAAGAUUUUACAUUUACAAAUUGUAAAUAUAAUGAAAUUUUUUUUAUAAUAAGCACAAAUACAAUUUUAUGUAGUAAUUCCAUUUUUUUUAUAUUUAAGAAUGUUUAUAUCCCCAUGAAAUAAUUUUUAACCCCAUUUUUCCCACUAAGACAUCGCCUUGGAAUUCUCUAUCACCUUUUUCGAAAUAGUGUAUAUUGUUUUUCAUUUUUAUUUAUUUGAUACUCAAAUUCUUUCCACCACUACACAUGGUACACUAAUUUUCGAGAAAUAUGCAUACCUUGCUGAGUUUCAUUUGGGAAUUGGUCAUAUUUUUUACAGGUGUUCAUUAAAAUAUCAAAAGCAUC